AGUCGAAAUUUGUCACUAAAGGACAGUCCUAUGCAGCACCAGAAUUUAAUAUCAAAACAAAAGAUGAUUGAGAAAGCUCAUCAAAGAAUGAGAAGUUUAGUUAGGUACGACUAUUCCUUCAUGGACUUCCUCUUCUCCAUCCUCAACAACAUACCCUGCUUGUUUGUGUGUUGUUGCCGAAGCAAAAACAGACUGCAUCUGAAGAAGAGGAACUCUUUAUUCAACAAAGGUGGCGACAAAUUUAUCAAAGAGUUCGAUGCCGUCCGCUACGCAAAGUCAAUGCGUGAGGUACAGACGCUACUCAAGUCCAUGAUCGAUGACAAAGAGCGGUUCAUAAUACCAUAUCAGAAGUGUAACAGUAUUGCAAUGCAUUCAGAAAGCGAUAGUGAUCAUGGAGACGACAACUAUGCCAAAGUCCCUAAGAUGUUUGCAAAAUCGAAGAUAAAAGAGCUCCACAGGGCAGAAGUUGAUGAAUUCAUGGAGGAAUAUUCUAAAGAGAAUUGGUCGGAUAGAGACUAUCGGCUUGUAAAUGGAGUUAUUGCUUCGACUAAUAUAGCAGACUCAGAUUUAGCAAAGGUGAUACCUCAGACAAGAGAGAACAGAAAGCAUGAAAAUCAAGAAAUCGAAUUUGAAGAUAUAAACCCUAAUAUUGAGUUUGAGGAAUCUAAAAUCAUGCACCCUGAGUUUCAUGUUGGGAAGAAGAUCAAGCCUCCCCUCACAAAGGACCUAAGUUUCCCUGAAAUGGAUUAGAAUGAAUAUC